AUGGCCCGGGUGGCCCAGGAGAUCGGCGCCGAGAUGGUCCUUUUGCUGGGGGAUAACUUCUACUCCCACGGCGUGCAGACGGAGCACUCACCACGAUUUCAUGAAACCUUUGAGGAUGUUUACUGCCGCGAUCUGCCAGAGCUUCCAUUUUGGGUGGUGGCAGGCAAUCACGACCACCGUGGCAACGUCACGGCGCAGCUGGCAUACUCGCACGACUCCAAGCGCUGGAACUACCCUUCGCCGUACUACAACCUGACCUAUGAAUGGAAG